AAAACACUUAAAAAUUCGUUUGUGUCAAGGUGAUUGAAGUUGUUACUCGGUUCUUGUAGAAUUUAGUUUAACAGAAUAAUUUUUAUUGUAAUAAUUAAAAAUUACAUGAAAAGUAACUGAGGAAGCCAUAAUAAAGACAAUAAUAAUUUUAAUAAAAUUUACAAGAAAAACCUGAACAUAAUAAAAAUUUAUGACAAUAAUUUUAAAUAAAAUUUGUUAAGAAAACAUUGCUGAACUAAAACCGAUGAAAGCUACAGUAACAGGUCAGAAGCGGAAAAGUGUCUCCAGUGAUAUUUUUAGAGCCGAUAAAUGCGUUAACAUGAACUGAUUUGAGUGCUAGUGAAAAAUAAAAAAGAGCUUAUUUUAAUUUUUACGCAUAAAAAUGACCAAAAAGUAAAAUUUAAGACUUACAUUGCCAUAAUUGCCACAAAUUUUUAAAGAAAAGUUAAAAAAAAUUGAAUAAAAAUGGCUCAAAAUCCGGCAUUUAUUAGUGACGCCGACUAUUGCGACAAAACUGUGUCCUAUUGUGUGACUCCGGGAGACCUUCCGUUCACAGCUCCCAGUAACAUAACGAUCGUCGAGACACCAGCAUCGCCGGAAACGUCCUCAAAAGACGAAACAGUGAAGACAAUUUCGUUGCAACCACUUCCCUCGCCGUCGAAGGAUCGCGAUCAAUGGGGAAACGAUAUUGAAUUCCUUUUUUCGUGCAUUGCGCUCAGUGUGGGUCUCGGAAAUGUCUGGCGAUUCCCAUUUACAGCUCUCCAAAAUGGUGGCGGUGCGUUCCUCAUUCCGUACUUAAUUGUUUUGUUCCUUAUCGGAAAGCCCGUGUAUUAUAUGGAGAUGUUGCUUGGGCAGUUUUCAUCACGUGGCAGCAUUAAAGUGUUCGAUAUGUGUCCCGCGAUGCGUGGAUUGGGCUACAGUCAGACAAUGGCAACGGGAAUUGUGACAACUUUUUAUUCGUCGAUCAUGGCGUUGACAAUAAGAUAUUUUUUGGCGUCGUUUCAAGAUCCACUGCCAUGGACCAAGUGUGAGGACGAUUGGAGUAAUGAAAAUAUGACUUGUGUGAGUGCUGCGGAGAAAACUGGAAUUUAUGGAGGUGCAUCCGGGAAUCAUACGGGACGAUCUUCGGCUGAAUUGUACUUUCUAAAACUCAUCCUAAAAGAAUCUGCCAACAUUGACGACGGCAUCGGCGUUCCCAACUGGCAACUUGCUCUCUGUCUCAUCUUCGCCUGGAUCUGCGUAACUACAAUCCUCAUUAAAGGUGUUCGUAGUUCCGGAAAGGCUUCUUACUUCCUCGCUGUCUUUCCAUACAUCAUCAUGUUCAUUCUGCUCGCGAGAGCUUGCACCCUUCCGGGAGCUUGGAAGGGCAUAAUGUUCUUCAUCGAACCCCAAUGGGACAAAAUAUUCGAUGCAAAAGUUUGGUAUGCGGCAGUUACUCAAGUUUUCUUUUCGCUGGCGAUCUGUUUUGGCAAUAUCAUCAUGUAUGCUUCGUACAAUAGAUUUUCUCACAAUAUUUAUCGGGACGUCAAUAUCGUUACCGCUUUAGAUACAUUCACGUCACUCCUCUCUGGCUUCAUAAUUUUUGGGAUUUUGGGUCAUUUAGCUUUUGUUACUGGAGCGGAGAACAUUAAAGAUGUCGUAAAGCCUGGACCGGGACUUGCUUUUAUCUCCUAUCCUGACGCGAUUGCCAAAUUUGAGUACUUGCCACAACUGUUUUCAGUGCUUUUCUUCCUCAUGCUGUUCGUUUUGGGCAUCGGAAGUAACAUUGGCAUGGCGGGAUGUGUGAUGACCGUCAUAAGAGACAAAUUUCCGGAUAUCAAACCAUGGAAGGUGGCUGUUUCAAUAGGAAUUAUUGGAUGUUCCGUCGGUUUUGUGUACACAACUCCCGGCGGUCAAUACGUGCUCACAUUAGUAGACUUUUUCGGGGCAUCGUUCGUUGCAUUUGUCCUCGCCAUCGUCGAGCUCAUCACAAUUUCAUGGAUUUAUGGUGUUAAUCGCUUGUGCAAAGAUACCGAGUUCAUGUUGGGCAUCAAAACUGGUCUGUAUUGGCGCAUUUGCUGGGGAAUCGUGACACCUGCUCUCAUGGGUAGUAUCAUGAUUUAUACGCUUGUGACACUAAAGCCGCUCACCUACAACAAUUACGUCUACCCAAACAGUGCUUACGCAUUCGGAUGGUGUUUGACGACAUUUUUGAUACUGCAGUUGCCGUUGUGGAUGUUUUAUGCGUUUGUCAAGGCAAAAGGAGAGACAGUUAUUGAAAAGUUCGUUGCUUCGUUUAAGCCGACGGAAGAUUGGGGACCCACAGAUCCCGUUACGAACGAAAAAUAUCAGAAAUUUUUGAAAGAAUCGUAUUACAGUCAGGAAUGCUUGUUUAAGACACGAGGCAUGGUGAAGGGUUUACUCGAAUAUGCACGACGGAAUUUAUUUGACUAAACAAUGACAUUAUUUUAGAAAAACUAUUCAAGUAUUUUUUUUAUGUUUUUAAAAAUCGUAAAUAAGAGAAAAAUAUUUUUGGAAAAAAAAAUUAUUAUUAAAUUAAAUGCUCAAGGAUAA